AUCAUGAUGGCUCUCCACCUCUCACUCAGUCUAAGGCUUGCUUGCCUUUCCACCUUCUUCCUAGUUGUUGCCGGGAUAUCAAAUGUUAGAUUCCCUCAGGUGUCGCAAGUUGAGCCCGGCCAUCGGAUAGUCAUUAGUUGGGACAUUGAGUCCAUUCAUGACGUGAACACAAUUGAUGUUGUAUUGGUCAAAUCUGGCUGGAACCAACUUGUCACAGACUCUCCGAAGCACGAUGCAGUUGUUCUCAGUGGUGCUGUCGACGUGCAAGCUAAAGCAGUCAGUUUCAUUCUGCCUGAUGCAGACGAAGGAACAUACUUGUUGACGAUAUCGGAGUCACAGUCGCCAGAUACACACCAGAAACGCAGUAUCUUGUCUUCCUCGACGCCUUUUAUCAUCGCUCCAAGGCGUAUCCACUUCACCCCUACCGGCCCCGGCGCCAGUGUGGGGACACAGACAAUCGCACCGUCCUCGCGCUCACUCUCCGCUUUAUCGUCUAGUAUCUCCGUCGUCUUAUCAACCUUAUCGACCGGUGACACAGCAGGGUUAAGCUCCUUGUCGAGUGCUGCCUCGUCUGCGUUAUCAGCAAUAGAAAGCGACGCCAGCAGAGUAAGCUCGGCGGAGAGCGUCAGCGCGACGUCUACACAGACACACGAUCCCAGUGCGGCGUCGAGAGAGGUUGUGGCGAAUCGAUUCGCCGUUGCAUGCGGGCUGGUGGUGGCUGGUGGUCUGGUCCUUGGGGUUGGAUUACUCUAG